AUGGAGACCAUAUACCCAGGUGCGAGACUGGCUGGGCUGAACCAGCCGGGAGCAGACACGUAUUGGUCCUCUGGCGCCAAUUUCACCGCAUCAGAACAUGCCGGAGUGAUGAUGGUCAUCGCCACAGAGUCUCCUCAGCUCAUCAGGAAGCGGACUCGUAUGCUGGGCAGGAGCUGGAGCCCGAAUGGGCCAGCGGACAUCUUUUCAGCUUACGAUGCCGCGCUGGAGGAGGGUGUCGGGCCAUACGCCUUUGUCAUGCGCGAGCAUGGCCUGCGCCCCUUUCCUGUUUGGGUGCACAGGGCGAUGGCGCUGCCUCCUCAGGAGCUGGACCAUACCACCAUCAAGGCGCACUACGUGCACGCGACACCCACGCUGCACGGUGAGCCAGCGUUCUCGUUCGUCGAGUUCGUCGACGAGGACGACGAGAUUGCGCAUGGCCGCAUCCACUUUCUGCUCUCGAUGGAUGGCGCGGCCAUCCGCGAGGAUGGAGGGGCUUACGAGGUUGCCUUUGUUUGCAAGUGGCUGCCGGAGCACGAGGAUGAGUGCACGGGCUGCAUGGUGAUGAGGCCCGGGGCCAUGGACGACGAGUACACCGUGGUUGAGCUUGUGAAGGUGCAGCGCACCGUGCACAUGGUGCGGUCCUUCAAGGACCCUUCGAGGUGGUUCCUGAACAAGUGGGCACGGAGCCCGUCAGUCCUCGCCUGCCUUUCCGUGCUUCGACCUCCCGUGCCCGCGAAGGCCGCGAGGAGCCUCGUUAACGCUGCGCUGCCGCCUAGAGACUUUUCAGUACUGCUGGCAGCACCCUACGGCUCCUGCGCCGUCGCCAACGGACAACCCCCCGCCUGA